CUGAAGGUCCCCCAAAUGUGCGUCGGAUGGAUGAUGGAAUAUCCCGAGGCGUUCGCUCUUGAUUUUCCUCGCGCACUCCCCUCCUCCACGCCUGUCAUUCUGCACCUCCCAGUUUACCUUGCCAUAAACGAUCAGAAUGCCCUAAGUUUAUUCCAGCAACCUUUUUACAUUGUGUGAAUCUCGUCCAUCUGCUGGACCAGACGUCUCCAGAUUUCGCCUGUCCAGUCCACGACGCCUACUUCCAGCAUCUCGUGGCGGCGUCAGGCCCUUGCUUUCACUCCCACGGCCUCGCAACUCCCGCGCGACGCACCGCUUGAAGCCGCAAUGAAGUCAGCUAAAGCAGCGUCAGGGGACGCUUCGUCGAGCAGCAGGAGAUCGCAGCCGGUUCGCCAGACUCGUACCAACCCCCCGCGCGUCUCGUCUGGCCUCCGCGGAUCGGCCAACGGGCGCGACUCUCUUGCUGGCGGCACUGCUUCCGACCAGCCCAUCGACAUCUACCCUGCGAUUACCUACUUCUCCGAUGCCAUUGCCGCUCUCCCGAAAGAGCUCGUCCGACACUUCACCUUGCUGAAAGAGGUCGAUGCCAAAAUCUUCGCCCCCGAAGAUGCGCUUUUCAAGCUCGUCGACACUGCCAUGAACGCUCCCCCUCCCCAGCCCCGACCGGCGAACGAUGCAUCCAGCAGUGUCGCGCCCGCGUCAGCGCCGAUGAGUGCGCAGAACAGCUCCAGCGGAGCUCCUCCUGGCGGCCCGGUACCUCCUGCUCCCUCGACCGACGGUUCCUACACGACGUCGAUUUACGACCCCAGCACCUACCCACGGAGACAGCUGUUUCGACAGACAGCGUACAAGAUCCAGGAGAUGCUUGGAUCGUUAGAGGAGAAGAACCAUGUCAUCUCUACUGCGAAUGAUGCUCUCCAAAAACAGCUCGCUCGGAUUGACGACGUCUGGCCGCACGUCGAGACCGAAUUCAGCGACGAAGCGAAGUGGGGGAGCACCACACACUGGGCCUACCCCGAGAACAGAGCCGCCACCAAGGCGGCACACACUGAGCGCUCACGGCGUGAGGGCGCUGCUGCCAUCUCUGCUGCUGCCCAGCAGUUGGCAGAGGAGGCCGCCGCCCGAAGCGAAUCGCGCAAGCAGGCUGUUCAAGCGAAGAAGAGUCAGAAGACUGCACCUCAAGAAUCGGACUUUGACGAGGCCGAAGGCCGCGGCAAGGCAGAACCGGGCAAGAAGGGUCACGGAAGCAGUAAGGCGCGCAAGGCAGCCGAACCCGCCGCCAACGUGGGCUUGGGCAUCUCGACAAAUGGCACCACGAAUGGAGCGGCGCCGCAGCCCAAGAGACGCAAGGUCGAGAAGACGCCUAGCGGAAACAAUGCGACGGAGCGGGCUAUGAGUGCCGUCUUCGGAGCCACUGCGUCAAAGGCGAAAACCACAAGCCCCAGAGAGACUCCGGCACCAGAAGGCGGCCCGAAGAAGCGAAAGGCCCUCCCGACUGGUACUGGCCAGGCCAAGAAAAGCAAAAACGGAGCCACCGGCAUGUCUCCCUCGGUUGCUUCAUCUCCCGUCAUGAGUACCUUUCCCGACCCUAUAUUACCUCGAGGCUCUCCAGCGCCAACUGUCACCCCGGUGCCCCCUGCUCCCAAGCCUCCCACUUCUUCACGGGCCAAGCAAAGUACAACUCAAGCGGCGGUGGAGGGUGGAAAGCAGUCUCGACCGCCGUCGUCUGCGUCGGCCAAGCCGAACGGAAUCGUACCACCGCCGAUGCCCGAGGUCGCCCCGUCGGCGACGUUGCCAAAGCCUACCGUCGAGACGAAGCCUGUUGUCGAGGAGCUUUCGGUGCCGCCUGCACUGGAGCCCCCGAAACAAGAGCCUGAGCCGAUCGAGAUGAUCGCCAAGCCAAGCAUACCCGCGGCGAAGCAGAAGAAGGAAACACCGAAGCCCGAGGAAAUCGAGACACCUGUAGAACCUCCACCGGUGCACCAGACAAUCACCGCCGCCACGGUGACGAAAAGCGGACGCGCCAGUAAGCCGUCGACACCUGCGAUGGCGACAUUCCAGGAGGCAGCAAGACCCAAGUCGGCCCGCAAUACAGAUAGCAACAACACGAGCAAGCGGAAGAAGAGCAAUGCAGUCACAACUGGCAAGGCCACCAAGACGGCGGACCAAACCGAGGACAGUGAGGAUAUCGAAGAGGCGGAGAUACAUGCCAGCAAACGCUACGACUACACGGAGGACGAGCCAACGUAUUGCUACUGCACUAGCGUAAGCUACGGCGAGAUGGUAGCUUGUGAUGCGAACAACUGCGAGCGGGAAUGGUUCCACCUUAACUGCGUGGGUCUCAAGGUAGCCCCCAAGGGCAGCUCGAAAUGGUACUGCGAAGAGUGUCUGCAACGUCUCUCGAAGCAAGGAAAGAAGCUGAGCAAGUACAACGUGCUGCCGGACUCCCUGAAUAUGCGCAAGCAACGAGCGCCUCCGUACUGAGUAGGGAUGGGCCGAGCCCACACGCAAGUGGCGUCAAGGGAUGGCGACGGACGCGGACGUUCUUUCGCUCAUGGGAAUAUCCCACACAUUACACGGUGUUGAUUUCAUUUAGCUCUUUGGUAUGGCGGUAGACGCAACUCGGGUGUGUCGACUCUGGACACCUUGCAAGCAUCGGGAUGGCGAAGCCAAUCGACAAGGGAGGGGGGGCAACAGUACAUACCCCUCGGCUGCCCCCUUGGCAAAUGGAGUAACAGUACAUACUGCCGGGAUGGCAGAGGGCGUGUGGUGUUUGGUGAAGGGUUCAGCUGGGUGGGUGGGCGGUGACGAUGGCGAUCUGGGCCCGUUAUGUGAAAGGGGUCUUUUCUCGUGGCCGAGGCACGAGUAUUGUCUGACCACCUCUUUUGGUUUUCUCUUUUCCGUGUCCCUAAUCGGGAUAGAGUGGCAUCUAAUCGGGAGCUGGAGCUCAAGCAGCACGAAUGUUUCCACUGAAUGAAGAAUCGCAUGCUAUUAUGCCCCCGCGGAAAUGGGAAAUCGAAUCUCCCCUUCUUCCCUUGAUUUAUCUCUCUCUUUCCCUCUUCUACUCAAUCGGAUGGUUUCCGCUUGUGGUUUAUGCCGUGCUUCCCCGGUGCUU